GAGUGCGCAUGCGCGGUGAGCUGGACACGCCGGCGCUGCUACUGCCUUAGUGGCACUUUUGGAAGAAAUAGUUCAGAGCUGGCAGCAGCGAUGGAGAGGCAGCGAGUUACAGCCACUUUGCAGUCAGAGGCCUCCCAAGUGAGACGGCGUAAAAAUCGCAAUGCUGGAGCGGCAGACAAGUCGACAACACCACGGCAUCAAGUGCGCGGUAGUUUCAUGAGCCGGGUGUUUGGCUUUGAGUGGUCAGAUCUAUCCAGCUGGCACCGUUUUGUGAGUCUGUUGAACCGGCCCACUGACCCUGCCGGCCUCGGAGUGUUCCGAUUCCUCUUCGGUCUGCUUAUGGUUUUGGACAUCCCCCAGGAGCGAGGACUCAGUUACCUGGACCACAAGUUUCUGGAUGGGCUGGAUGUUUGCCGAUUCCCCCUUUUCAACUUCCUAAGCCCGUUCCCCCUGGACUGGAUGUACCUGACCUAUGUGAUAAUGCUGCUGGGUGCUCUGGGUAUAAUGCUUGGAUGCUUUUACCGUCUCAGUUGCCUCCUGUUCCUCCUGCCAUAUUGGUACGUCUUCUUCCUGGACAAGACCAGCUGGAAUAACCACUCUUAUCUGUAUGGCCUCAUUGGGUUCCAGCUCACUCUGAUGAAUGGCAACCGCUUCUGGUCUGUUGAUGGCUUAUGGAGUCCUCGCAAGCGGAAUGCUCAUGUCCCACUUUGGAAUUACACUUUGCUUCGUACCCAGAUCUUCAUUGUGUAUUUUAUCGCUGGCAUCAAGAAGCUGGAUGCAGACUGGGUGGAAGGGUACUCCAUGGGCUCGCUGUCACGUCAUUGGCUGUUUGAUCCAUUCAAGCUGAUUAUGUCAGAGGAGAUGACGAGCCUCGUAGUUAUACACUGGGGGGGUCUGAUCCUGGACCUGACUGCUGGAUACCUCCUCUUCUUUGAUAUCACCCGCCCAUUCGCUUUGUUCUUUGUCUCUUACUUCCAUUGCAUGAACUCACAGCUCUUCAGUAUUGGUAUGUUCUCCUACACAAUGUUGGCCACCAGCCCACUAUUCUGCUAUCCUGAUUGGCCACGGCGACUUGUAUCCAAGCUGCCUCGCUGCUUGCACUGGGCGCUGCCCCGCACACAGACCCCACAAAAAAGCCCAGAGUGUGUGUAUCCAGGGCAAAAGGGGAAGAGCGCUGUACUGCCAGGGCUGCGGCAUAAGAUAGGAGCCAUCUUUACUGUGAUCUACAUCAUUGAGCAGCUGUUCCUCCCCUAUUCCCACUUCAUUACACAGGGCUACAAUAAUUGGACCAAUGGCCUGUAUGGUUAUUCGUGGGAUAUGAUGGUGCAUUCACGCUCACACCAACAUGUGAAAGUCACAUAUAGAGACGGAGUCACUGGAGAGAUUGGGUACCUUAACCCAGGGGUAUUCACCCAGACCAGGCGCUGGAAGGAUCACGCCGAUAUGCUAAAACAGUAUGCCACCUGCCUCCAGGGCCUCCUGGGAGCAUAUAAUAUCUCUGAGCCUGAAAUAUACUUUGAUGUAUGGGUGUCCAUCAAUGAUCGCUUCCAGCAGAGGCUCUAUGACCCUACGGUGGACAUUGUGAAAGCAGAGUGGUCACCCUUCCGUAAAACACCCUGGGUUAAGCCCUUACUGGUUGACCUGUCACCAUGGCGAUCAAAGUUCCAGGAGGUGGAGAAUUCGCUGGACAAUCAGACUGAUGUGGUCUUCAUAGCAGACUUCCCAGGUCUUCAUUUGGAGAAUUUUGUAAAUGAGGACCUAGGUAAUACCAGCAUACAGGUACUGCAGGGAAAAGUCAACGUGGAGAUUGUGAAAGACACCAAAAACUUCACAUUGCGAGAGGGUGACCGCAUGCAGCUGCCAGCAGGGGAGUACCACAAGGUGUUUACGGUGUCCCCCGGUCCGUCUUGUUACAUGUACCUGUAUGUGAACACCACAGCUGUGAGCCUAGAGCAGAACCUCACUCGCCUGCAGGAGCUGAAGGAGAAAGUAGAGAAUGGGAGUGAGACCGCUCCUCUAUCUCCAGAGUUACAGCCGCUCAUCUCCGGAGUGGUGGAAGAUAUUGAUGUUACAGACCCUCUGGUGCUCACCUACCUGCGCAGGCAGAAGCGGAUAGCAGAGGUUGAGCGUAGGCGAAAUGCAACAGUGUUUCAGAGGUUCGAGAGACUCUUCAAUAAGAAGUAUUAUCUUCUACGUCGCAGUUUCCUGAUGACAGCCAUCUCUCUACGCAACCUCCUCAUUGGUAGACCAUCCCUGGAACAGCUCGCCCAGGAAGUAACCUAUGCCAGUGUUAAGUUUGAUGAUCCACAGUACCAGGAAGACAAGAAACAAGAUCAGUCUUUGCGAGAAUUGGAACAUUUGGAUUUGUGACCCAGAAAGAGGAAAAGUACCAUUUGUGUGUUUAUAUAUUUUGUACAGAAGCCAUUUUAUACUGCCGAUUAAAAACAUCAGCUAGAUCCAAUAUACAAUAAAAAAAACUUUAAAAAAAAAUAAGAAU